UCAGCUGUUCUGUAAAUGCCAAGAAAAGGAACAAGCACUGUCUUCUUCAAAUCCCCAUCUCCUACGAGGAUGACUCAUCCUUCAUCCCCACUCCACCAUACCUUCUCCGAGUCAUUAAUGGAGGAAAACAUUGAACUUGCCGACUUUUCCAUCACCAAAUGGGAAACCGAUGUUGCUUCUCUUUUCUCCGACAAGGAGGAAGCCACACAAUAUCUGGUUUCCAUUAAGGGAUUGCAAAAAGCCAUGCAAUAUUUGGCUUUUCACCAUCCCAGUUCGGAUAAACUCGGUCGAGCUCAAAUACUGAUGCAAACUGCCAUGAAAAGGCUCGAGAAAGAGUUCUACCAGAUUUUGAAGUCCAACCGGGCUUAUCUUGACCCCGAAUCUGUUUCGGCUCACUCAUCUUCGAUACCAUCUGUUUCGAGGUCUAGCAUUUCAGAUUUCGAAGAAGAGGAUUUUGAAAAUGAGUUGAGGGACGAGCACGAUUCAAUACCUGAAGUGGAGCGAAUGUCGUUAGCUGCUUUGGCGGAUUUGAGGGACAUUGCGGAAGCCAUGAUAUCAGCUGGGUACGUCAAGGAAUGUACCAAAAUUUAUAAAACUAUUCGGAAAUCGAUCGUCGACGAAGCUCUUUACCAUAUCGGAGUUGAACGGGGAAUGAGUUUGCAGCAGAUUCAGAAGACGGAAUGGGAGGUUCUGGAGGUUAAAAUCAAGACUUGGUUAAGCGCUGUUAAAAUGGCGGUUAAAACGCUGUUUUAUGGAGAGAGAAUCCUCUGCGAUCAAGUGUUCUCCAUUUCGGCUCCCAUCAUGGAAUCUUGUUUCACCGAGAUUUCGAAAGAAGGAGCCUUGACUCUGUUUGGUUUUCCGGAAAAUGUAGCCAAGUGCAAGAAAACACCCGAGAAAAUGUUCCGUGUCUUGGAUUUAUAUGAAGCAGUUUCAAAUCUUUGGCCGGAGAUUGAAUCAAUCUUCAGCUUCGAAUCUACCUCAGCCGUACGAUCAACGGCCGUUAACUCCUUGAUCAAUCUCGGUGACGCCGUUAGAACGAUGUUCACGGACUUCAAAACGGCGAUUCAAAAGGAUUCAACCAAAACGACGGUUCCAGGCGGUGGGAUCCACCCCCUCACACGCUAUGUAAUGAAUUACGUAUCUUUCCUCGCUGAUUACAACGGGAUCCUCUCCGAUAUUUUCGCAGAUCGACCGUUCACUAUUCCAUCUGCUUUACCAGAAUCUUACUUCGGCAGUCCGGACCAAGAGGAAAGCAUUUCAUCGCCGGUUUCCGUCCGGUUAGCCUGGCUUGUCUUCGUCAUGCUAUGUAAACUCGAUGGGAAUGCCGCGAUGUAUAAAGACGCGGCGCUUUCUUAUUUGUUCUUAGCAAAUAAUUUACAAUACGUCGUCGGAAAAGUCCGUCAAUCGAAUCUGAAUUUCCUCCUCGGCGACGAUUGGGUGAUAAAGCACGAGCAGAAAGUGAAACAGUACGCUGCGAACUACGAGAGGAUCGGAUGGAACAAAGUGCUUGCGUCACUGCCGGAGAAUCCAACGGCAGAGAUUUCAACGGAUCAGGUGAAGGAUCAUUUCAGAAAAUUUAAUUCCGCUUUCGAAGAAGCUUACAUGAAACAAUGUUCUUGGGUCGUACCCGACCCGAGACUCCGAGAUUAUAUCAAGAUCUCGUUGGCGAGACGGAUCGCGCCGAUCUACAAGGAGUUUUACGAGAUAUACGGCGGAGUUCAGGCGAGGAAGGAAUUCUGGGUUGAAUCACUUGUCAGAUAUACCCCUGAUGAUUUAGGAAAUUACUGGUCGGAUUUGUUCUAUGGAAGCAGAAGUUCAGGGAGUGUUUCGUCAAGUUCAAGCGGAGGUGGCCGGAGUCGUUGAACCGAUCUUUUUUUGGAGGAGUGAGAAAAAUCGCUGGCCACGUACGAAUAUCGUCUCGUGGUAUUUUGUGGAUAAUAAGGACAAAGAAGCUUGUAUUGACACGUGUAUAGAAUACUGAUUAAUUAAUUUAUUGUUUUUAAAAUUGAAAUACAUAAUUCUUUGAUUUAUUAAUUAUUUUUUCAUACUA